AUGAAUGCCCCGCCUCCCCCCGAGCUCAAAAUCUCCCCGCCGCUCCUGAACUCGGCCAACCCGUGGUGCACAACCCUCUCCGACCUCAAACGUCUCCAUGAGAGCCCUCACACGGGCGCAAUCACAACCCGCACCUCCCUCAUCAACGGCUUCCCCCACUCCGACGCAUCGCACCAGUACACCUUCUUCUCGCCCAGCACCUCCGUCCCAUCCACCACCGUCCAGAACUCGUCCUCGCACCACACGACCCCCAAGGACCUCGGCCCAGAAGACGUCGCCUCGCUCAACAACCUGGGCUACUCGCCGCUGCCGCUAGACACGUACCUGGACUUCGUAUCGCAGCUGCCCACGACCAAGAUCCAAGGCCGCCGUCACCGCAAACUCGUCAUCGUCUCAGUCACGGGAUCUCCCGCCGAAAUCGCAGAAUGCUACGCCCGCAUCGCCGACUUCUCCGCCACAACAGCCCACCCGCUGGCCAUGGAAAUCAACCUCUCGUGUCCCAACAUCGCCACCGCCGCGCCCCCGGCCUCGGACCGGGCGCAGUUGCGGGCCUACCUCGCCGCGCUGCCUGCGGAUCCCGUGAUCCCCGUCGGCCUGAAGACGCCGCCUUACACGCACCUCGCGCAUUACCAGGAGCUCAUCGCUGCGCUGCGCGAGGACGCGACGGUCAUUACGCGGAACGCGAUGCUCAAGGUUCCUAGUAAGAUCAGCUUCAUCACCGCCGUCAACACCCUCGGUUCUUGUCUCUUGCUCGAGGACGAUCCGGAGUCGGGUGACGGCGAGCUGGUCCCGCGGCUCCCUGGGUCCGGGCUUGGCGGGAUGGCGGGGCCUCCGCUGCAUCCGCUGGCGCUGGGAAACGUCAAGACGAUCACAGACUUGGUGUCGAGGGAGCCGGAGCUGCUGCACAUCAAGGUUAUAGGUGUCGGUGGCGUGUCGGAUGCGGACGGCUUCAGGCGGAUGAAGAGUGUUGGCGCGUACGCCGUCGGUGUCGGUACGGCGCUGGGUAGGGAGGGGGUACAGGUGUUUGAGAAGAUUGCGACCGGGUUGGAGAAGUAG